AUGCUGAGCUGCAGGACUCUGCUCACCUUCCUGGUGGUCCUCGGGGCACCCACGACAGCCUGGAAGGGGCCAAGCCACGAGCAGCUCCCACCAGCCCCCAGAGCUGGAUACGGAGGCAAGCUGAUGAGGCAGGAAACCACCAACACUAGCAAGAUGCUGCCACGUCUCCCCGAAACGAGGAGGGGAGGCCAUGGCUCUGGGGAAGGGUUUCAUCCGGACAAAGGCAGCCUGCCUCUGCUGGAGGGAUCAGCAAGAAAAGCAUUUUCCUGGCCGACGAGCUCAGCUAACAAGAGACUUGCUCCUGAGAAAAGAGUGAGAAAAGUGUCCCUUUCACUUGAUGUCCCCACCCAUGUACUGGAAGUGCUGCUUGACCUGGCCAGAGAGAAGGAGCUGCAGACCAAGGCAGCCGCCAAUGCUGAGCUGAUGGCCCGUCUGGGGCGCAGAUGA